AUGGCCACCGAAGAAGCUGUAGCGGUAGUUGAGGCACCUCCGGCCGUCGUGGAAGCUGAGCCGGCGGCGGUUGUUCAACCGGCGGAGAAUGCAGGAAAGGUCAAGACGGUUAAGGAGCCUAAACCUAGGAAGGCCAAAAACCCUCCUACUCAUCCUCCUUAUCUUGAGAAUGGAUCGAGUCAGUACGCGAUCACGAAGUUCAUUGAGGAGAAGCAGAAACAGCUUCCUCCUAAUUUCAAGAAAUUGUUGUUGGUUCAGCUGAAGAAACUUGUUUCGACUUCCAAAUUGGUGAAAGUGAAAGCUUCUUUCAAGCUUCCUGCUCAGUCGAAGGUGGCGAAGUCUGCCGCCGCUGCUCCUGCCAAGAAGAAACCGGCACCGGCGAAGGCUAAGAAGACUGUGAAACCGGAUGCGUAA